UUCAAUAAAUCCGCGGUCACACUGGCAGAAAGUUUUUUCACAACAAAAAACCUCCGAUUAAGAUACAAUUAAGCAUCCAAUGUGUGUUUUUAGCAUUAAGAAACGCUUCUAAGCCAGUUGUGCGUGUCUGCCAGAAGGCUGCACCCCAAAAUUGCCAGCAUUUGCGCUGCGUUUUGGCAGCCACAACAACAGCAGAAGCAGCAGCAGCAGCAGCAGCGGCAGCAACAACAACGGUGGAAAGGAAAAUUCAGCCCAGCUGCAUUUCGCUCUAUCCCCACCACAGCAGUUUCUAUUAUGGACAAGAAAUCAUCGCCCGUUCGACGACAAAAGCGCCAAGCGAAAGUGAUUGAAGAUAACUUUUGGGACUGCAGCGUCUGCACGUACAGGAACUCGGCCGAGGCGUUCAAGUGCCGCAUGUGUGACGUGAGGAAAGGUACCUCCACGCGAAAGCCUCGCCUGAACUCGGCGCUAGUCGCACAGCAGGCAGCCACACUGCCAGGAGCCAGCGGCAACAUGCCCAACGGCAAAUCCGCAUCCAGUUCACGGCACGGGAGUGGACACGACAGGCAGCGGCACAAAAGAUACCCGGCCCGCUUGAAGAACGUUGAUCGCUCCACGGCGCAGACACGCGAGGUGACCGUCAACUCGGUCACCGUCUUCAUCACAGAGUACAAGGCGAAGCCGGUGAGCAGCAGGCGCGAGUCCAGCGAGCAGAGCUUCAGCGAGAGCAACGACAGCCGGAGUUAAUUUGGAGCCCGUUGCCAGCCCAAGUCUGUGCUACCUUUUGAUAUUGUGCGCCACAAUUCCCCAGGCCCUGCCCACGCUCCUUCCCCCUCGUCUAAGUGUACAAGUAACAAAUUGUAAAUUCUAACUGUUAGGCCCGAAACAAUUGUAAAUCGAAAUCACUAUAAGUUAUUGAGUAUUAGGCAACGUUCGAAGCCGAAGGCCCCCCGGUGCAUGGCUUCAGCGACUUCCAGCCCAGCCCAGGCGAAUGCAGAGCGGGAACAACGACAGAGACAAAACACGCAUUUACACUGCAUUACCCUCUGCAGGCCAGCCCCCUUCGAAUGUGCUACCCUGUAUAUAUUCUACCAGCAGAUACAUAUAGAUACGUACCUUGUAUAUCUGUCUCGUAUUGUAAUUCUAAUCCCUAAUUUAUUAUCGCUGAAUGCAUCUUCUGUGUAUGUAUAUUUUCAACAAGGAUAUCGUUUACUGUAUAAGUUUUCAAUUAAAAUAUGAUUUAAAGAAAGCUAAUCUCACUGUUUAGAGCGAAUCUGUAAACAAGUCCAAGCCCCCACAAAAUGGUUUUUGUUAAUACUUAGCCAAUGCUGCUGUCAGCUGUCUUUGCGGAUAGAUCGAUGAUGCCUGGACAAUUAUAGACAAUUUGAUAAUUUUAAUUCGUUUGUAUACAAGACUGAUUAAUAGUUACCACAAAACACACAGCAUGCAUGCAUGCAGCCUCCACAACCACAGCCCAGGCCACACUCCCAGGUUCACACUUCUGUUCGCCCCCCCCGCCCCCAAUAGGCAACCCGCCAAGCAACAAUAGAUAAAUACUCCAUCGAAUAACAAGAAUUUUUGUACUUAGCAGAGCCCCAACAGCUCUCCUCCACCAUACAAUAUACCUAAUUAGAAGACGAUGAAUUUUGAUAUGAACGAUUAUAUUAAAUAUUGGAUAAUGGAUAUAAUGGUUUAUAAUGUGCUUGAUGUUUGCAUUUUGAGAUAGAUUAUUUAGCCACAACCUACACACUCCACACACACACACACACACACCCAGGCAACCCAGACAACACACUCGGAAGCCAGUACCUAAUGCCAGCACAGCACCAGAGGCUACAGCUCACUCGAAUACUGCCUGAGACUGAGUGUUGAAUGUGUUGUAACUUCCAGUAAAACAAACUUCAGCUUCAGAUUAAAAUUAACAUUAAAAACUUAUACAAAUAGUUUAUAACUGAUGCUUAGAGAUGGUCAAACAAUAAUUAAAGACACAGAAACACACACACUUCCAUCCAUCCAUCCAUUCACAGGCUCAUAGAUACAACUCCCCACCCACACACACACACACUCACACACACACGAACAUAUACAUAUGCAUACAAAGUUAGUUAAAAACUUAAA